GUUAGCUGGCCAGGGCGCUGGAGGAAUUACUUCGUACUGAUGUAAUCAAAAGCUUAUGCUCUAAUAAAUUUGUUAGUCUCUAAGGUGCCACAAGUCCUCCUUUUCAUUCUGGGUCUGAAUCUGUAAUGGCGUUUGUAACCGAAGAACAGAUCCAACAGUUCCAUGAAGAUGGUUUCCUUGUUUUGGAAGAGUUUUUCACCACAGAAGAAUGUGAUGCCAUGAGGGAGCAAAUACAUAAGAUUAUAGCCAAGAUGGAUGUGCCACCCCACUGCCGUACAGAGUUUUCCACUGGUGAAGAGGAACAGCUCCAGGCACAGGGCAGUGCAGAUUAUUUUCUAACCAGUGGAGACAAGAUCAGAUUCUUCUUUGAAAAAGGAGUUUUUGACGAAAAAGGUGACUUUCUUGUUCCAAAGGAGAAAUCUAUAAACAAGAUUGGCCACGCUUUGCAUGUUUACGAUCCCAUCUUCAAGCAAAUCACUCACUCCUCCAAAGUGCAGGAGUUGGGAAGAAAACUGGGCUUUGAGAAACCAGUAGUUGUCCAGAGCAUGUAUAUCUUCAAGCAACCUGGCAUUGGUGGUGAAGUGAGACCACACCAGGAUGCCACAUUUCUGUACACAGAGCCGCUGGGCAGGGUUCUGGGCCUCUGGUUAGCUCUGGAGAACGCCACGCAGGAGAACAGCUGUCUCUGGUUCAUCCCUGGCUCUCACACCAAUGGCAUCACACGUAGAAUGGUCCGAGCCCCGCCGGGCACCAUACCAUGCACACAGUUCAUCGGCUCUGAGCAGACUUAUCAAGAUAGCCAGUUUAUUCCUGUGCCCAUCCACAAAGGUGGCCUCAUUCUUAUCCAUGGAGAAGUUGUCCACAAGAGUGAGAUGAACAGGUCAGAGUGGUCCCGCCAUGCGUACACUUUCCAUCUGAUGGAGGCCAAAGACACCACCUGGAGCAAAGAAAACUGGCUUCAGCCAACUCCUGAACUGCCUUUUUCAGCUCUCUACACCUGAAGCUAACGUUGGCCAUUGGAGUCAAAUGGUUGAUUAAAACUGGAGCAGCCAGACCAAGGGAUUCCUUUGGAUCAGAUGGUAAAGCCAAGGCAUGAGGACCCCCAGUCCCAGCACUGCUGUCAUCAUGUGGAAAAACAUGGAGGAUGUCCAGGUUCCUGAAUCCAUGAAGAAGAAUAGAGCAGUGAAGAAAAUCCCAAGAAGGACCACCCCAGCCACUGCCACUAGAAGGACGAAGUCUACAGGAUCCCCUCUGCCCUCUAUCAUGUUCAGUGAGCGUUUAAUGAGCUGUUUGAGGAUGAAACUUAUACUCCCAAGGACUAGUAAUGCCUCCCCAGGAGUAAAACAUCGAGGUAAUAGAUAAAGCAAGAUCAUACUGAGGUAGACAAAAAUAAGCAGCACUUCCAGAACCUCUAUCACUUCAGAAACAGUUAAAGAAUACUUCAUGGUAUAGAGGAUUAUACUGCCAGCAAUGCCUGAAAAUAUGCAGGUAUUAGUUGGCACAGGCCUUGUGAUGCCAACUGCUAUAACAGAUAGGAAGAGGGCUACCACCAUGCCCGUGGAGGCCACAACUAUGCCAAAACGUUCAAAGUACACAAUGCCGGCAGCCUUGCAUCGCUCCUUCAUCACAAUCCCCAGGAGUGGGAUGACCAUACUAGCUGGUAGGAAGCCACUGUUAGCUGUCGUCCGAAACUGGAAUACGGCCCCACCCAGUCGGAGUAGACGGUCCCAUUUAAAUUGGACAUAAAAAGCCUGAACAGCAAGAGCAAUAGCACACCAGGAAUACCGGUCCCAAACUACUGUGUGCACACACAACACAAUGAUGAACACGAUCAGGGAUUCCAAAAGCACUGGUUUGUUUAACAUGGUUCCAGUCAGCGGCAUCCUGUGAUUUCAGAAUCUUUACAACUGUCAGAUUCCAAAAUUUUCAAUACAGUCCUUGAUCCAUUAGUAAACGUUCACUUUCAUCCUACUGCAACGCCUAUAAAGAUAAACAAAAUAAUAAAAUUAAAGCAACUACUAGAACACCUGUGGCCUCUUCCUCAUUAUUUUUUUUCUGAAGCUCAGUUGAAAGCUUUGAUUCCUGUCAUGAGAAAAAUAAAAUCAAGAUGGAAAUAAGUCACCCAGCAUUUUCUACUGCUUUCAAGAAUCAGAAAACUCAGCUUGCAAUGCCAUAGCCAAAUCUCACAGUAUUUUUAUUCACAUGCAAAUACUAAAUACUUCUAUUGCAGUGCCAGAUUUUUCCUCUCUCUCCUAAAAGUAGAGAAGGAAUGCUUUAUAUUCUGCAAGGAGUGUAUACAAAUACUAAGUGGCAGCACUCACAAGAACUGCAUUGGAAAGGGCACUUGGACAUCGCUGCAAGUUAGAUAAAGACAGAAGAGCUUGGUGAUGAGUUUGUUACAGAAUUAAGUGAAAUUAAUGCACCCACAUGCUAUGGUGCUAUAUAAAAUAAAUAUUAAAGAAGAGAUGAAAAUAUGCAUGUUACAUAGGCAAUCAUGUUAUUGAUAGAACUGACAAUACUGUUUCUACUACAAGCAACAGUUGAUCUUUUAAAACAUACCAAUCAUAAUAAAAAAAAACCCACAGUUCAAAUUAACUGAAACACAAAACAAACAAAUCAGAAGCAAAAAUGAUAUAAAAAGGAAUUGACAAGGUCAACUUGAAAAUUGGUCAAUUAAAAAACAAAAAAAGUUAAAGGUCACUUCAGGUCUUCCCUUUGCCUCCAACUCCUUUCUUCUGAUUUUCUGAGGAUUUAGAGUCACAUUGUCCUAUUUUUAAAAAUAUUUUCUCCCCAGUGUUGCUGUGUAAAAGGGAAAAGUAAUGCUACACAAAGCACACAGUCAUAUAUAUAAUAUAAACAAACUGAAGAGAGAUGGUAUGUUUUCUCCAAAAUCUUUCAAGUUAUAGUAAUCUUAGGGGUUAUUUCUAAUUUUGGUAAGUAAAAUUAUUCAGACAUAAAUGUGACAAAUCUAAUGUCCCUUUAAAAUAGCAAUUCUCCAGCAUUUUAACCCAUCUGGCCUUUCUCCCCUGAUUAACUAAAGUUCUUUAGUAGUACUAAAUAACUUGGAAUUUCUAUCCAAGCUGAUACUUUCUCUUCAGUUAUAAGUAUUAGCAAAAGAUCCUAAACAAAUGGAGAAAACUCAAAACUUGGAG